AUGAUGCUACCACAUGACCUGCACCAAUACUGUGGAAAAAAUGAGGGACCUGAAAUCCUAGCAAAAACCUUUGAUUCAAAUGAGGUACUAACUCUACUUCAAAUUCCUUCUUGUCCAGCUGUCACACAAGACAGAUAUAAAGAGUUCAGGAAAUUCCUUCAUUGCUGCAAUCUUCCCUGGAGAGCAGAAAGAGAGCAUGGAGGAAUUGCGCUACCUGUACUGCCAGAAGACAAGAGAACAAAGACAAGAACCCCAUGUACAUUUGUUAAAGGACAAAAACUUACAUUCCUCUGGCUGUCCCCCAGCUCCUUGACCUGUGGGGGUUCCCAGACCUGCAGAUCCCGGAGCAAGCUUUGCAAAACACCAGACAAUAUGGCUAAACCACUGUGCCUGCCAUUCCCCUCCUCUCAGCCCUACGCUGCACACAUUUGUAGGUACCUGUUCCCAAACUUCAGAUCACCUGAGGAUCAAGACACUGAUCAGUCUUCUCAUACCAAUAUUUCUAGCUAGGCUUUUGACAUGGUUGUUCUGAGGAAAACCAGAGGUAAUAAUAUGUUUAGGCAUGAAGCUGUCAGUAUUCUCUCUGACUCCCUGAAGAAGGCUUCUCCAAGAACAACCAAUAUGCUACAAAACACUGUAAGGGCUCUGGAAAACACAAUAUACAGUCAGGACUUCACAGUGACAAUAAAAUAUGCCUCUGUUAAGGAAGAGGUUCUAGCCCUUAUCCUGAAUAGCUACCACAUGAAAGCAUUUUGCAUAUUAAUUGGAGAACUGGGUGAAGACAUAGAACAAUCGCAAGAAACAUUUCUGCCUAGUCUCUGACAAGUAAGACCUCUUGAAGGGUGCACUGCAUGCUUACUUCAAGGUGAGCAACACCAUGAAUCCAUUCUGCAAGAAUAUGGACAGCCUAGACCAGAGGAUGGGCCAAAAAAGACAACACUGCCUGAAUGCUGUGAGGUUUCUCAGCACCAGACAGCACUGCUGGAGCUGCAGCAUUCCUUCUCUAAGACAGCAGCACAAGAUGCCUACAUGAUUCUGUAA